UCUCUCUAUUGAACCCCCUGUCGCCGUCGGGCUUAGCCUAUCCGCAUUGCGCUCUCAGUCUCGCUCGCCUAAUCCCGCCUCCACGCCUCUCCGCUCUCUCACAAAUAUUUUCCCCCUCUUUUACUUCCUAUGGCUACCCUCGCUGAACUUUCAAAGAUCUGCAUAAUACUACAAUUAAAUGUAACUAGUUCGUGUUAAUAACAAGGCAUGGCUAUACGCUGAGUCGAGAGAAGGGGUUUAUAAAAUUCUUUAGAGAGUGUGCAACUGCAACUCCCACUUGCAUUAAAAGUAAUAAUCUCCAGUGUCAGAGGUCAAAGUUGGGAGCUAAUUAUGGCAAGUAAAGGUCGAGUCCCUCCUCCCCACCAUCACCGUCCUCUCCCUGGCCCUGGUGCCGGGCAUCCUGAUCCAUAUGCUUCUGCAGUUCGUCCACCUGUUGGUGGUUUUCCUCACUUUGAAAUGUUACCUCCUCAUGAACUAAUGGCACAUAAGCUUUCUGCACAGCAUGUUGAGAUAGCAAAACUUGCAACAGAAAAUCAGAGGCUUGCUGCUACCCAUGGUACUCUAAGACAAGAUCUUGCUACUGCCAAGCAUGAGUUGCAAUUAAUACAUGCACACAUUAAUGAUGUAAAGUCUGAAAAAGAGCAACAGACUAGAGGAAUUACUGAUACAAUAUCAAAGAUGGAGUCUGAACUUAAAGCUGCAGAAUCCGUCAAAAAGGAGUUGCAGCAAGCACGAACUGAGGCACAAUCCUUGGUUUCUGGAAGACAGGAACUGGUUUCAAAGAUACAGCAGUUGAAUCACGAGCUUCAUAUGGCUCACUCUGAGGCACAACAAAUCCCUCCUCUAGUUGCUGAACUUGAUGGGAUGAGACAGGAGUACCAGCAUUGCAGGGGGACUUAUGACUAUGAGAAGAAGUUAUACAAUGACCACCUUGAAUCACUUCAGGUAAUGGAAAAAAACUACAUCGCAAUGUCGAGAGAAGUGGAGAAGCUCAGGGCUGAGCUGAGUACUUCUACAAAUUAUGACCACCGAACUGGAGGGCCUUAUGGUGGUUCCGCUGGAUAUAUUGGAAAUGUUCCUCCAGGGAACUAUGCUUCUGCUCAUGCCUAUGGUGUACAGCAGCAGGGUCAUGGUUCUCAUCUGGGAGGGGGUGCUGGGCUUGGACCUGCUGUGCCAGCUGGUACUGAGGGUAAUUCUCAGCCUGCUCCCUAUGGUUUGGGUAAUGCUCAAGAUGCGUCCAGAGGCCCUUUUUACCCUGCGUUUAGGGGAACUAGUUAUGAUCCCCAGAGGGUACAACCUGGAGCUAGUUAUGGUGCCCAACUGGGACCUACUGGAACAGGUUAUGGUGCCCAACUGGGACCUACUGGAACAGGCUACGAUGCCCAAAGGGGAUUGGCUCCAUCUGCACACAAUACCCCUAGGGUACCGGGAUAUGAAGCUCCUAGAGGUCAUAGAUCUGAAACUCAGGAGGGACAAGGUGCCCCUGCAUAUGGUAUCCAAAGAAGCUCAGGAGAUGAAGCUCAAAGGGCAGCUAAUUACGAGGCACAAAAGGGCACCAGCUAUGAUGCAUCAUCCAGAGGUACUGCAGGCCAUCAAGGACAGGUUCCCAUGAAUAACCAACCUUACCAGCCAACACCGAAUUCUAUAGCUGGUACUGGAUAUGAGGUGCCAUCGCAUGGUGUAAACCCCGCUCAUAGGUGAACUUUAGGCCAUCCUCAGGGUUUAGUGCCUACGGAACUUGCUGAAAGGUCACCUUGUGGAAUUCAUCUGACCAGUGGAUUCUCAAUUUCUGGAGGAGAGCCUUGGUAGUUAUUAACACUUGAAGCAGGCAACACGGUGGUGGUGGAUGCACACACACACACACGCACACACUUGCUUCCAUGCGGACUCUUUUUUUGAAGUGUUACUUUGUUCAGAAAUCAGGCUAUGGAUCAAUUGGCAUUUGAUUGGAGCGCAUUCAACUGUAGAGGAACUCGUUUACCCCUUAAUUUCACUUAAAUUGAGUUAUAUUUUACUCCUAUGUGGUA